AUGACCCUCAAGUUCAUUCACUAUGAGGAAAAAUCGAACGGUAAAAACACAGCGAUGGGAACAUCACUUUGGGUUGACGGCGGUGGGUCGGCUUGUUUGUUAGGGUUUGGUGUUCUUCGAAACUCUGCGGUGCUUUUGGACAUAAAGCUGGCUGAUGGACAAAAAAUACGGAUGAACGCAAUGUCAGCGUAUGUUCUGCUAGAAUUGGGGAACAGCCCUGGAUCAAGCACAUUUAGCGUGAAAAAUACGAUCGAAGCAAACUCCUGUCGUUACAUUCUUGAGAAGCAAGCACAAUAUCAAAAUGUGACCUUAUGUCCUGAAGUUGAUCUGUCGUGCCUCAUUAGCGUAGUUUUUGUUUGCAUUGAAGCGUACAAAAUGACGUCGAGUGGCAACGGUGGGGCAUUUUUUCACGCUGAAGUCAGGUAUUACCACAUGGCGUGUCCUUCUCAGGAGAGCGGUCCCAUAUCUGCUGACGUUGACGUCCCGAUGGAUGAUAGCUGUCAAGGUACCAAUCCUUCGAAAAAUCAAACACGCCUUCCACCACUCCGUUCGUCUGAAGUACAGCGGUGUAUGGGCGAAAUCGAUUUCGUCUCCAGAACUGGACAGCCAAGAGACGGCCAAGACAACGAAGAGGAGUACAAACGUCCAAACCAAAUAGUGCUGGCCGUUCUGUGCAAUUUGCUCCUACUAUUGCCGUCUUUCACUGAACAACGUCAAGUUGCAAAUUGGUGA